ACUGUGGUGUUUCCCGUGCUCGUUGUCGUCCGUUCGUUAGUCGCCACCGCAGCCGUUGAUUGACGUUUGGUCGUAAUUUCAAAAUACGUCUUGUAUAGGCCCGAGUCGCGCUUAUUAUUUGUCUGCAACGAUCACAGACGAUCGUUGCCGAUUAUAAAAUAUUACUCAGGAAUUAUAACAUUCGAGACGACCGCACGAACAUCAGCAGUAGGUAUCACGACACAACCUGUCGUGAUAUUAUAAUAUUGGAAUUCGUCGUCGUCAAACGCUGUGCGGGACUACAAUGAAACUGCAGGCACGUUCGUCAGGCGGUAGCACACCGUCGCCGCAAGGCCCACUAAUGUCACCGACGGCCGGCACCAGCGUCCGAUGGUCGCACCGGAACAGCGCGUUUUGUCCUGUGCGGUCGGCCGCCGCGGCCGCGGACACGCCCGCCGCCGAGAUGCCGUAUCCCGCGGUGACCACGCCCGGCCACAUGAUGCCGUACGGGUUUCUCAACGUGCCCGUGUCGCCGUACCUGUGGCCGCUCAUGAUGCCAUACUCGCCGCUGUCCGCGCCCGGUCAGGCAUUCUGCGCCGCCAACACCGGCACCGUAGAAUACCAGCGUCAGCUCCAGCUGCAGAUCCACCACAUGCACCGGCAGCAACACGAACGGUUCAGGCAAUUGCAGUUCUCGCCGGACAGGGCCAGCGUGGACGCGGCCGGCCAAACGCCCGAGAUGGCCAAACUUGAUGAAGUUUCUGAAACGCCAUUGAACUUGUGUAUCAAAAAGCGAAGUCAAGAAAUUUGGUCGCCUGGAAGUUUGUGCGAGAAGGAAACGUCACCCGUAUCCGUAGCCCCAGAAACUUUAACAGACAAUGUUUUGGGAGUAGAGAGAUCUUUUCAGUGUCAAUUGUGCUACAAAACGUUCAAGCGCUCAUCGACGUUAUCGACUCAUUUACUUAUUCACUCUGACACAAGACCAUAUCCGUGUCAGUUUUGCGGUAAACGGUUCCACCAGAAGUCUGAUAUGAAGAAACACACAUAUAUACACACUGGCGAGAAACCGCACAAGUGCGUGGUGUGUCACAAGGCGUUCAGCCAGUCGUCAAACCUGAUCACGCACCUGCGCAAACACUCCGGCUACAGGCCGUUCCCGUGCGGUCUGUGCGACAGGGCGUUUCAGCGGAAGGUGGACCUGCGCAGGCACCGCGAGAGCGUGCACCCCGGGUCUCCGGCCGCCCAACAGUACCACAUCACCAGCACCACGGCCGCGGUGGCCGAGCACCCGACCGCCGUCACCAUCGCCGCGCUGCAGGCCCCGUCUACGGCCGCCACCGCCGCCGCUGCCGCAGCCCCCGCCGCCACAGCCUCGGCCAUCGAUGCUGUGGCCGUCGCCGGAAGUAGCGGCACGGUCAGCUAGUAGACGCGUCGCGGAAACGACGCGUCGACCGGCACUCGUUUUCGUUUUGGCGGCGCCCAAGUCCACUGCCGUACUAGUCUCUACCGCGGCAGGCCUGGACCAUCGAUGGCGAAACGAGAGGACGAGCUCUUGGCGCGUUCCUUUUCGUCGGAUGUCCGACGUCCGCGCCGGCGAAGACCGUCACCGCGCCCCGCCGUAUAGCAACUCGUCAAAUACUAAUAAAAUUUAUAUUUUGAAAAAGCUAUUCUUUAUAUGAUAUUAUUAUGUAGUAUUAAUUAAGUACGCGUCGCUGCUGCCGCCGUGCCACCGUGCCAACGAGACCAAAGUGAAUCCAGACGACAACGCUCGAGGAGGUGCCACCCGCAGGUUUUCAGAAUUUUGUCGAAUUAUCUUCAUACCCACACGCGCGUCGAGGGACAGCGCAUCGUGAAUUCCUAGGCCGCCAACAAGCGCAGGAAAUAUUGACGAAAUUAACGAUAUGCAUUCAAACCGCACACGUGUCGACGAUGACGAUCGUUUAAUACGCAUAAUACAACACGUCAUUAUAUGAAUUACGGCCAGCCGCCGAUCAGGGUGGUCUGCGCCGGGGACCAUUUCUUUUGCUCGAGUUUUGCAGAAAUAAAAUUUAAAAACAAUAAUAUUCCCGUUCGCCCCGGGAGGUCAGUGCAGUCUCUAGGGACGUGUACGUAUAGAACUUGCGCGAGCAUAUGUUUAAUCCCUACAUCCACGAAUCUGCAGGUUAUACAUCAUAAUAUUAUAAUGCGUACAACAUACUGUCACAUUUGUCACAUUGUCACAUUCGUCUAGAAACUAGUUCGGCAAAAACCGAAAAUCGCGUGCACCUAUCUACUGCAACGAAGAAAGAACGAGAACAGCACACUUGGUCGCCUCGCAGUGUGUUAGUGUUCGACAAGUCGUGAUUUAUAGUCAAUAGACCAUUUAUUAUUAUUAUCAUUAUUAUUAUUAAUAUUAUUAUUAUUAUUGCACAUAAUUAUUAUUUUAACUUCGAGUCAUAUGUAUAUCAUAAAUAUAGUUCAUUACAAUAAUCGUAACCCGCUGCAGUUCGCGCACAUACGGCGGGCCUCGAACCUAACGGAUUCUUGCCAUGUUAAAUAGUAUCUGCCGUACACCGUAGCAGAUAUGUGCGUAUCUCUAGUCCGUCCACACGUUUACCAUUCGAUUCUACAAGUGUGCAGAAUCCUAUAAUAUAUUAUGACGUUUAUAGCCUCUAUGUUAGGUGUUUUUCUUUCUAUUACCAUAUUAUUUAGGUGUGUUCUAAACACGCCGCACAGUCGGCGAGUAGUGAACGCAGCUUGAUUAUUAUUAUUAUUAUUAUUAUUAUUGAUAUUCAAUAAUAUUAUAUAUUAUGCAUUUACCCCAGACAAA